AUGCCUGGGUCCGUCAACCCAACUCGACCUCCUUCUCCCUCCAUCCAGACCGCGUUCGGCUUGGAUGUCGGGUCGAUAGACCCUCUCUGGCUCAUCAACGAGGAAGAGGCCGUGCGCCUAUGCAACGUCUACGAGGAAGAGAUAGGCAUACAGUACCCUUUCCUAGACAUACAACGGCUCAUAACACAGGUUCGGGGACUGUAUCAUGCAAUGAGCAGUGGCUCGCGCCUUGGCUUCGCUUUUGCCGCGAUUCCGGGCCCAACCAUCAUUGACCCCCAAGAUCUGGGCCUGGUUAAGAUGGUGUUGUCGGCAGCCUUGACCGUCGAGGCCGGGGGCUCCAGCCAGCUUGGAAAGUCUCUCUUCCUCGAUGUGAGGAAGUCGUCGAACGACAGGCUGUGGGAGGCAGCGAACACCAAAUCUACCAUGUUGUUUAUAUUGCUGGCGGUCUAUAGCUUUAUGACGGGUGAUGAUUUGCAAGCAUGGAGACUCGUGGGCAUCGUUGCCCGGUGGUGUUUGGAGAUGGGUCUUCACCAAUCUGCCACGGUGAACAAGACUUUCAAGGACGCUGCAAGCCGCAGGAUGGCCAUGAGGUUGUUUUGGUGCGUUUACACGUUAGACCGCCGGUGGGGAUUUGGCGCCGGUCUUCCGUUUGUGAUGCACAAUUUCGAUGUCGACCAGCAGUUGCCCGAACCUGACCAAGAUGUUCCCUACCUUAGAGCCAUGGUCGAAUACAGUCGCAUAGGCGACAAAGUCUGGGCCACCUCUUACAACUCUGCUCGAGCGACCGGCGCCAUCCGGGACGACGAAGUCUCAUAUCUCCUCUACAGGAUAGAUCAGUGGUGCGAGGACCUCCCGUCGGAUCUCCGACUUCACCCAAGUCAAGGGGUCGCCAGUCCAAAACCGGCGCCCAGGAGCGUGCAGCGACUUCAGCUUCUUCUUCACUUGAGGGCCAACCAGAUGAAGAUCCUCCUCCUUCAACCGUUCCUCCACUCGACAUCCAGCCUCAAGGCCAACAAGUCCAAAGUGCAGCUGCUCAUCAACCUCGCAAAGGACACGAUCCAGAAGCUGGACUCCCUCAACAAGUCCACGGAUAUCUAUCAGAACCAGCAGAUGUGCUUCAAUCAUUUCCUGGUCUCCGCGCUCGGCGUUAUCUUCUUGGUCGUCGCCCUCGCGCCGGCGGAGCAUGGCCCGUCCGUCCGCGACGAGUUCCACGUCGCCCUGGACCUGAUCCGUGGCCUCAGCGCCAGGUCGUACGUAUCGAGCCGUCUCUGGAGGAGGAUCGGCGACCUGCGGCUUGUCUGGCGGGGGCUGGGGCUGAACGCUCCACGGCCCAGAGAGGCGAGGGAGGCCAGCGCAUCGUGCCACGCCCUCGCGACACCGCCCACGUCGUCCGGCGGCGGCAUCGAUGUCUCGCCGCAGAAUGCGCAGACGGCAGCCGACGGCGACUUGCGCGAUCCGGAGAUGGCUUCGUGGGAACCAAACUCGGACGAGCCGUUCAGUGAGGCGCAGAUGGCGCAGGAGUUGAACGACUUCUUCAAUGCGAUGGAUAGUGGAGGCGACUUUGCCUCUUCCUUGCCAGCUCUCGGCGUAGGAGAGGAAGUGCUCGAGUCUGUCCAGGACUCGCAGGACAAUUUUCUCGUGCCGGAUCUGAACACUUCUGCGAUGGAUGUUUCGCAUUUGUUUGUAGACAUGUUGUGA